CACAUAAUUCGAGAUUACUGGAACGCCGAAGUGCUGGGUAUUGGAAACAUGGGCAGUGAACGACCCACAAGGAGACACAGAACAGAUUCAAGCAUAUGGCUAAUCUGCUUUUUAAAAGCGACCCUCGUUCUCACGGGUCUCUGCUGGAGGAUUCAUGUGUUACAGAUCCGUCAGUCUCUGAUCGCCUCCGAUCAAAAGUACCAGAGACUUCUGGAAGAAUAUCAGGAGAUGAACAGGACCCAGCGCCAACGCCGACUGCAAAACGACGAGCUGAACUCAACCCUUGAAUACAGGACAUCCGAGAAUUCACGCCUGGAUCUCUCCCUGAGGACCUGUCUCAAGAAUGUUUCGGCCCUCGACAACAACGUCUCCGUCCUCGAAAGCAAGUUACUUGUUCUCGAGAGCAACCACUCCACCCUUGAAAACAAGGUGUUAGUCCUGGAAAGCAACCUCUCCGUCCUGAGCAGCAAUCUCUCUGAUCAGCGCCAAAUGCAAACCGAUCUCCUUGACAACUUCAGACACCUCGAAAUGAAGUACGGAACUCUCAACGAAACCAAGGCUGAAAUCUGCCAACUGCUGUCCAGCAGAAAGGAGCCAGAGUGUUCCCAGGACUGGAUCAGAUAUGAAGGCCGGUGUUAUUUCAUAUCCACGUUUGAAAGAUCUUACGAUGUGGCAAAGCGGCAUUGUUCAAACUCCUGUUCAAAGCUUUUUGAAAUAUAUUCAACAGCGGAAGAGCUCGGCGGCAUCUUCCUACAGCAGGGCGACCAAAUCCGAGCACCGAACUCCAAGUGCGGCCUCAUCGACGUCUCGUACAACUGGGACGUGACCUCCCGACUCCCGUACUCCAUGUCCUGACUGAUGAAGGCCAGCGUGUCAAAUAUCCUGUCUAUCCCUCUCGCAUGUUUUCCAACAGAAUCACGAACUAAUUCAU